CACGAGCGAGCUUAGUCAGUCAGCCGCGAGACGCGGUGAACUGAAGGUGUGGUGAGUGUUUCUGUGGGCCGACGGGCCAAAAAUGGCGGAGCGUACGAAGACGACAGCCCCGGCCACCCGGCCUGUUCCCAUGAAGCUGUUCGCCACUUGGGAAGUGGAUCGCACGGCUCCAAACUGCAUACCCAGGUUGUGCUCGUUGACCCUGAGCCGAUUGGUAAUUCUACGGCCGUUAGGCUCGGACCUAACAUCCAUCAGCAUCGCCGUGAAGAUGCAGAGCUCCAAGAGGACCCUGCGCUCGAACGAAAUGGCCAUUCCGACAGGGGGUAUGUUGGACACCGAAUUGGAGCUACAGUUCGCCCUUCAGUACCCCCAUUACCUCAAGAGGGACGGUAACAAGCUCCUGAUACUCCUACAGAGACGGAAACGCUAUAAAAAUCGCACGAUGCUCGGAUACAAGACCCUCGCCGAGGGAGUCAUCAACAUGGCUCAAGUGUUACAGAAGCAAAUGGACCUGGAGCUGGAGCUGGUGUCGGACAAGGCCGAGAAAUACGGUGGUCACUCCGUGGCGUUAGCUCGCGUGAGUGUUGUGGCUCUGAGCUCGCAGCCAGUCGACCAGGACAAAAGACUGAUGAACGAUCCGAACGAGAGGCUCUGCCCGGAGUACAGCGACGAAGAGGAGGAGUUCAGCUCCGAAGGCGAGGCGGAAGGCAGCGACAGCGAGCCCACGCUCGAGAUGCACAGGCGGAAGAGCCGUGCGAAGAUUCCGGCCAACGCCAGGCAGAGAAACUUGAAGCAGAAGUUCAUAGCCCUGCUGAAGAGGCGGUUUAGGGUCUCCGAGGAUCUGGAUCAAGACCAAGAGGAGAUCGGGCAGAAGCUUUCAGGUGGAGAUAUGGAAAUCGAGGAGUUGUUCGACGAACUGGAAGACUUGUCGGACAGUGGUCCCGAAUUGGACACCAUGUCUGUCAGCAGCACACCCAAGCCAUCCCUUCGACCUUUCUUCAGCUCUAGUCGAUCCCUUCUCGCGCCACCUCAUUCCGUAGUUACCAACGAGGAGACCGGAACCACGUCUGCGACGGCCGCAGGUCAACAGAGCGCAGGUCAGCCACCUAAAGAGAAACAUCGUGUCGGACAUACCACGCCAGAGCGCGGCGUGGAUAGACAAAGCGACGACAGCUCCCGGAGAGCCGACAGCGAUUCGCAUCCAGAGAAUUGGACGGAUCACGAGGCGAACGAUCCGCCGAAUUACGUGCCUGGCUCCCCGCCGAAAUCGGAGCUGCACAAUAAAACCGAGAGCACGGACAGACGGAGCAGACUUUUUACCCGCGACAGAGGCACACCGGGUAGCAAUAAGUCUAAAAAGCACAGCCUCAGCGUUGACUUGAAGCCACCGGCCGACUUGAAUAGCUCCGAGCCGAGGAAGGCAUUAGUGGAGCAAUUAAGUCGCGUUUUACCGGACGACAGUUUGCCAGACGCGGUGUCGUUGGUCUCGUUGGCUGAUCCAGGUGGAGCGGUGCUCGCCGCGAGACUUCAAGAAAGGAACCAGAGAGUCCUGACCACUGCUUCUCCUGCAGACAUUCGUGCCACGUUCACGUGCCUGGUCACGCGAAUACAAAAAUUCUGCAACAGCUCCGCGAAGCCACCAGCACCCAUCAAGGUGGUGAUUGCAGGUGGUGACAGUUUCGCGAACGCGGUGCUGCGUCACUACGUGGACUUGUUGAGCUUCCGGCCACCCGACUGGCAGAGUUACCUGAAGUUCUUGGUCGUUCCGUUGGGUUCCAACACGUUAUCCAAGUAUCUCAGUUCGAUAGAUGCCAAGUACUCCAUGCUGUUUGGCGAGGAAUGGAAAGAACUCCUGGAAAGGGAGGGCGGUGGUGCGAGCGAAUGUGCUGCAAGAGUUUCAGAGUAUUUAGCUGUCGCUGGACCUACCUUACUUCUGCCAAUCGCGGAAGCCAUGGUUACCUACAGAGAAACGGAUGACAGCAGUCAAAUAUUCAUCCCGUUCAUAAAUGACGUUCGAGUAGGGUGCCCAGACAGCAGUUCGUCAGCUUCGGUAGAUCUGGAGGAAAAUGUAACCAUGUCCGGCUCGCCACCCUCUCUGCCACCUCCGGGGUUACCUAUUCCACCACCCGGUAGGUUAACACCGCCCAGCAGUCCCAAUGUUGGUCAACCUACGAGGGAAGGCUGGGAACCAGUCGAGCUGCAACUCGACUACUGGAGCAAGCAAACGCAAGGUGAAAAAGGGAAGAACACGCUGAGACAAGCUUUCAGAGCCCUCCACGUUCAAAGACUUCCGCCACUGGGAGAAACACCUGGUCAUCACUUGUCCAUGAACUACACCACUAAAGAGAAGAAACAAAAAAUAAUGAGAUUGGGCAAGAAGAAGGAGAAAGAGAAGGAAAACGAGCCAAAGAGUCAAACGGUUGACGGUGUGACACGACUUAUAUGUUCUGCGAAAACUCACAACAUUCCAUUGAGAGUGAGUAUCGACGGUACGGAGUGGUACGGUGUGAAGUUCUUCCAACUAUCGGCGCAGUGGCAAACGCACAUCAAGACGUUUCCAAUAGCUCUGUUGGAAUACAGUUCUCAACAGCAACCGUUCAACCCAACGUAAACAUCCUUGGUUUCCAUCAAAGGCCACGUUUUUUCGCCGUUUAUUUGUGUUCAUCGAUAUUACCAAUUAGGAUCAUCAGCUUAGCUUAUGCGCAAACCCGAUAACCAUCAAAUCCAAAACAAAGCAGAAAAUAAUUGAAAAAAGAAAAAGACAAAAAGAAACUAUCCAGCAUAGAGCAAGGUUUAAACAGUCCGGGAUACAGUUUGCUGUGUCGAACUGGACGAUAGUGGAGCUAAUCAGGCAAGUAAUCUGAACGUUGCCUUAUUUGUUUAUUAUUAUUAUUAUUUUUUUUUUUUAAUCCCUUGUUAUAGUUUAUUAUUUGUGUUGUCGAGUGUACUGUAUCGUACGUGCAAUCUUCUCGCGUAGAAAUUCGCAAGAACACGCGAGUAAGCGAAUCGUUAUUUCGUUUUGCGAGAUAGAGAGGCGGUUGACAUAUCGUAUUACAAUUAACAAAGACGACGAUGAUGGAUUUCGUUGGUUAUGGGAAUGCCACUUUAUCCGAAACCGCAUUGUUCGAUAGAAUGCCACGCAAGAUUUUAUAUAUACAUAUAUAUAUAUAUAUAUAAAAAAAAAAGAAAAAAAAAUAUAAAAGAAAUUAUUGCUCGAAUCGGAAGGCCGUCGAUGUACAUACAGGAUUUUUUAAACGACAAGCGUAAAACGGUUUUAUAGCGGGAACUGUUAUGCUAAGAUAGAUCUUUGUCUAAAUUGCAAGAGUGAGAGAAGAAGUUUUUAAUUAAAUUAUGUAUUUAUUUAAUUAAUGUAAUAUUACGAUCACACGUUGUCGAAGAAGUCUGUGGUACAGGCAAACAUUUUUCUUAGCGCACAUAAUAAUAAUAAUAAUAAUAAUAAUAAAAAAAAAAAAAUAAAAAAAAAAGAUCAUGUUCAGAACAUGACCGAGUAGCGUGAACAGAAUCGUCGACGUCGAAGACACAGAACUUGGUUGAAACGCGAGUCUCCAAGAAAACACACGAAGAAUAUCGAAGCGUAGCUCAUUAGUUAUUAUACUCCUUUUCUCGUUUGAGAUUUCGACAUAUUUUUUGUAUUCCAUUUUAUAGACUUUUAGCCCCAGGCUGGCGUAGUUUAAAUACUCUAUUUUCAGAUUUUAUUAUUUAAUACUUUAUUCCUACUACGCGAUGCUGUAUUCCCGACUUUCGAUAGACUAUACUCAUUCGCGAUUAUUGUUAAGCCGUUCGAAAAAAAGAAGCGAUGAAUUAUUCGUCGAGAUGACGUUGGAACGUAAACAACGGCAUCUCGCGUACGUUUCUAAAGCGAUUUCCACGUACGUGGUAUCCGUGAAACGGAUACAAGGAUCGAAGCAUCGUAAAAAGACAGACAGUGGAAACGCACUUAACAUGCGUUCUUAUUUUUUAUUUUACUUCUCCCUUUUGUCGCGAACCCUUUGCGCUCGAUGAAAACUCGAACUUGCUAGAAAAUAUUAUAUUUCAAUAUCUGAUGUAUCGUAACAUAUUAAUAUUAACCUUUUGCACUUCAACGAGUCCUAGCUUAGAUUUCUGAAUUGUACAAUGACGACGAAAAAAUCUUGGCAGUUUCUUUUAGAUUAUUCGACUUUCUUUUCGGACUUUAAAUUUCUGUUAACUAAACAUAAAUAUACAUACACGAAGUAACAUAGCUUGAGGUAAAUAUUAUAUUCAUUUUAUUAUUAUUUACAGGAGGACGCUUUUAAGUAUGUAGGCGGUGCAACUAUCCGUAGGAGUGCAAAGGGUUAAGUUUUGUAUUUUUUAUACAAAUAACUGCCCCUUGUAACAGUGUAAAAUCAAAUUGAUUUUCACUCGAGCUAAUUUCCCUAUAGAGGGAACAAUAACAAUUUUAGAAACAACUUUUCAUCGUCGAUCGUCGAGCUUAACGUUAUUUCAUAGUAUACAAUUGAACGCUUCCUAAAAUAUUAAACAAAGAGCUUAGAUACCUAUUCACGGAUACUAACAUAAACAACAAUUGUAACGUCCAAGUCGCCUCACGAGUGCAAAGGGUUAAACAACAUCUACGAACGCAUCGUGCGUCACGGUUCGCUGUAACUGAAGCCCAACCCAUCGUCCCUGAAGAACCAUAUCAUGAGAAAAUGAUAAACGAUAGAAAACUGACGUUAACGUUGUCUUUAGAAGAAAAGAAUGAGCGAGAGAACGAGAGCAAGUAAACGUUUUCCUUCAGAAAAACGGGAACCGUUUGCGUAAAACGGUUCAACGUACUUUACGACUUCUUCCUUUUUUUCCUAGCAGCGAAGAGAAAGCAAACAUAAAGAAGAAAAAAAAAAAAAGAUAUUAGAACAGUGCUUUACUGUUUUCGGCGACGUAGCCGUCGCAUUGACUGCCUAAUGCCAAAUUGAAAGAGAGAGACACUCAAAAAAAAAAAAAAAGAGAGAGA